AAAAAAAAAAGUGAUGUGUUGUAAAGCUGCAGAGAGCUCCAUAAAACUCCCUCCCUCUCUCUCUCUCUCUCCUUCUUUGCGCUCCAUUAUUUUGACAGAAGUCUCUUCAUAACACUGCUCCAGAAAUCCAUAGGAUAGACCUCAAGCUGGCGUGAUGGCCCAUUGUCAGGUUCUCCACUCUCUCACACACACAUACACACACACACAAACACAGAGUCCACGUCGUUAAUUUUGUUUUUACAGCAAAUUUAAUAGAAAGCAAAACAAAGAGCUUUCAAGUCCUCCAGCCCUCUGUUUCUGAACUCCCUUUGCAAGGUUCUAUGUUUAAAAGCUCUCUACUCUGCAUGUGUGUGUCAGUGCGUGUGUUUUGUUUUGUUCCUUCUUUUCAAUUUUUUAGCUUUUCAAGUAUUUUUGGGAGAAUACCAAAAAAGAACCCACUUUUACUUGAAAGACCCCAUAUUUUAUUUUCUCGUAUUAUAUACACAAAUGAGAGCCCCCUUUUGUAUUUAAAAAUAAUGCAUGUGGGUUCAAUCUGAUUCAGAAAAGAGCAGCAAUGAAUGGGUUCUAGACAGCAAGAAUGGAUAAGGGCUCAUCUUCCUCCUCCUCCUCUUCUUCCUCAGCUGGGCCGGACUCGCUCAAUGGGUUGAAGUUUGGCAAGAAAAUCUACUUUGAGGGUGUGGGUUCUGGCCUGCAGCAGCCCAAGACCGGCGCCGCGCCGCCUCUGCCGCCGUCUCCGGCCAAGAAGGGGAGGACUGCGGCUGUGCAGGGCGCCCAGCCGCCUAGGUGUCAGGUGGAGGGGUGCAGAGUAGAUCUGAGUGAUGUUAAGGCUUACUAUUCAAGGCACAAAGUAUGUGGGAUGCAUUCCAAAUCUCCCAACGUCAUUGUUGCUGGCCUUGAACAAAGGUUUUGUCAGCAGUGCAGCAGAUUUCAUCAGUUAUCCGAAUUCGACCAAGGAAAGCGGAGUUGCCGGAGGCGCCUAGCCGGGCACAACGAGCGUAGGAGGAAGCCACCAGCGGGAUCUUUGUUGUCUCCUCGCUAUGGAAGCCUUUCUCCAUCCAUUUUUGACCGUAGCAAAUCUGGAGGCUUUGUGAUGGACUUCAGCACCUACCCGGCUCUCAACGGACGAGAUUUGUGGCCAGAUACAUCGUCGGAACGAGUAAUGGGAAAUCAAGCUUCCAUAACAGGAAAGUAUCAGCUUCCACUGCACAGCAGCUCACAGAACCCUCUGUCUGAUCUUCUGCAAGGUACAACACCUAGGCCCAGUUACUCUGGUCCCGGAGCAUCCUCACACGGAUGUUUCGACGGGGUCCCCGACUCCACCAACGCUCUCUCUCUUCUGUCAACUCAGUCCUGGGGCUCAAGAACCCGGUCCACCAGCCUCGGAGCAAGCAAUUUUCUCGGCAACAAUGGGGCGCCACCCAUGGUUCAACCAUCCAUCAAUCAUCAUGGUGCAGCCAUUGCAUUUGCAUACAACCAGGCUCAUGAUGGUGGUCUGCACGAGAUGCCUCCUGAUCUUGGUCGCGGACAAACCACUCAUGGUGCCAGCAACGAGUUCAUUGGGGAGCUCGGCUUGGCUCAGCCAAACGAGGGGCACUUCCACGAGCUUGAUCAUUCAAGGGGGUAUGACACCUCCCUCCAGCAUAUCAAUUGGUCACUUUGAACUCGCACUGUGCGAACUCAGUCGAAGAUCUCGUGUUUUUCAAUAAUCGGCGUACUUGUACAACAUAUGAUGUUCUGUAGUGUUUGCUGCUUGUGCCCCUGUAGAAGACACAUCCUUUUGUUUAUCUAUGGUAUGACUAUGAAUAACUAUUUGCUGUUUUUCUGGAAA